AUGAAUAAUCAAGGCUCACCAGAGACAACGCAACAAAAUAUCAGUCACCAGCAUUCACAAGAGACAUCUCAACAAAAUAUCAGUCACCAGCAUUUACCAGAGACAUCUCAACAAAAUAUCAGUCACCAGCAUUCACCAGAGACAUCUCAACAAAAUAUCAGUCACCAGCAUUCACCAGAGACAUCUCAACAAAAUAUCAGUCACCAGCAUUCACCAGAAACAUCUCAACAAAAUAUCAGUCACCAAGCAUUCACCAGAGACAUCUCAACAAAAUAUCAGUCACCAGCAUUCACCAGAGACAUCUCAACAAAAUAUCAGUCACCAUCACCAUCAUUCACCAGAGACACCUCAACAAAAUAUCAGUCACCAGCAUUUACCAGAGACAUCUCAACAAAAUGUCGAUCACCAGCAUUCACCAGAGACACCCUAACAAAAUAUCAGUCACCAGCAUUUACCACAGACAUCUCAUCAAAAUAUCAGUCACCAUCAUUCACCAGAGACAUCUCAACAAAAUAUCCUUCACCAGCAUUCACCGAGAUAAUCUCAAAAAACCAAAUAUCAGUCACCACAUAUUCACAAGAGACAUCUCAACAAAAUAUCAGUCGCCAACAUUCACCAGAGAUAUCUCAACAAAAUAUCAGUCACCAGUAUUCACCAGAGACAUCUCCACAAAAUAUCAGUCAACCAUAUUCACCAGAGACAUCUCAACAAAAUAUUGAUCACCAACAUUCACCAGAGACAUCUCAACAAAAUAUCGGUCACCAACAUUUACCAGGGACAUCUCAACAAAAUGUCGGUCACCAGCAUUCACCAGAGACACCCCAACGAAAUAACAGUCACCAGCAUUUACCAGAGACAUCUCAUCAAAAUAUCAGUCACCAUCAUUCACCAGAGACACCUCAACAAAAUAUCAGUCACCAGCAUUUACCAGAGACAUCUCAACAAAAUCAUUCACAAGAGACAUCUCAACAAAAUGUCGGUCACCAACAUUCACCAGAGACAUCUCAUCAAAAUGUCGGUCACCAACAUUCACCAGAGACAUCUCAACAAAAUGUCGGUCACCAACAUUCACCAGUGACAUCUCAACAAAAUAUCAUUCACCAGCAUUCACCAGAGACAUCUCAACAAAAUGUCGGUCACCAACAUUCACCAGAGACAUCUCAACAAAAUAUCGGUCACCAACAUUCACCAGCGACAUCUCAACAAAAUGUCGGUCACCAACAUUCACAAGAGACAUCUCAACAAUAUGUCGGUCACCAACAUUCACCAGAGACAUCUCAACAAAAUGUCGGUCACCAGUAUUCACCAGAGACAUCUCAACAAAAUGUCGGUCCCCAACAUUCACAAGAGACAUCUCAACAAAAUGUCAGUCACCAACAUUCACCAGAGACAUCUCAACAAAAUAUCAUUCACCAGCAUCCACCAGAGACAUCUCAACAAAAUGUCGGUCACCAACAUUCACCAGAGACAUCUCAACAAAAUAUCGAUCACCAACAUUCACCAGAGACAUCUCAACAAAAUAUCGAUCACCAACAUUCACCAGAGACAUCUCAACAAAAUAUCGGUCACCAGCAUUCACCAGAGACAUCUCAACAAAAUAUCAUUCACCAGCAUCCACCAGAGACAUCUCAACAAAAUGUCGGUCACCAACAUUCACCAGAGACAUCUCAACAAAAUAUCGAUCACCAACAUUCACCAGAGACAUCUCAACAAAAUAUCGGUCACCAGCAUCCACCAGAGACAUCUCAACAAAAUGCCGGUCCCCCACAUUCUCCAGAGACAUCUCAACAAAAUAUCAUUCACCAGCAUUCACCAGAGACAUCUCAACAAAAUAUCGGUCACCAGCAUUCACCAGAGACAUCUCAACAAAAUAUCGGUCACCAACAUUCACAAGAGACAUCUCAACAAAAUGUCAGUCACCCAGACUCAUCAGAGACAUCUCAACAAAAUUUCAGUCACCAGCAUUCACCAGAGACACCUCAACAAAAAAUCGGUCACCCACAUUCACAAGAGACACCUCAACAAAAUGUCGGUCACCAACAUUCACCAGAGACAUCUCAACAAAAUAUCAUUCACCAGCAUUCACAAGAGGCAUCUCAACAAAAUGUCGGUCACCAACAUUCACAAGAGACAUCUCAACAAAAUGUCGGUCACCAACAUUCACCAGAGAUAUCUCAACAAAAUAUCAGUCACCUACAUUCACCAGGGACAUCUCAACAAAAUAUCAGUCUUUUACAUUCACCAGGGACAUCUCAACAAAAUAUCAGUCACCAGCAUUCACAAGAAACAUCUCAACAAAAUAUCACUCACCAGCAUUUACCAGAGACAUCUCAACAAAAUAUCGAUCACCAACAUUCACCAGAGACAUCUCAACAAAAUAUCGGUCACCAGCAUUCACCACAGACAUCUCAAUAA